GUAUUUCUAGAAUUUUCAAUAAUGUUUUGAAGCCAUGACAGAAUCAUUUUGAGAGUAUUGAUUAAAUUAUAGGGUAUAUAUAAUUUUUGAAUUAUUUUUAGCUAUGGAAAAUGAUUAAAUAAUCAGAAAAAAUAUUUUUAUAAAUUAUGUCUCGUGUCUUUAUUUUGAAAUGAAGUAUUACUCCGCUGCGCAUGUACUGUUUCUCCAAUCGUUGAAGAAGGUCAGCCAUUUCGAUCUUCUUCUGAGUUCUUCCUAUAGCCUCAUAGUUGUUUAGACAGACGCUCACAAAACCGGCGCUUAGUUUAUUUGUUUGUUAGGGCUUAAAAUGCGAGUGAAGAACGAAAUGGACGAGGACGAACAGGGGACAUUGGUUGAAGACGUGGAUGGCCAGAACAGCUCCAAUAACGCUGAGAAACUUUUCGUAGGAGGGCUUAGCUGGGAGACCACCCAAGAUAACCUGCAGAGGUACUUUUCGCGGUAUGGCGAGGUGAUUGACUGCGUGGUGAUGAAGAACUCUGAGAGCGGGCGGUCGCGCGGCUUUGGAUUUGUGACUUUCAGCGAUCCGGCCAACGUGCAACUCGUGCUUCAGAAUGGACCGCACCAGUUGGAUGGUAGAACGAUCGAUCCAAAACCGUGCAACCCACGCACACUGCAAAAGCCCAAGCGGAGCAGUAGCUAUCCCAAGGUGUUCCUGGGUGGACUUCCCUCAAAUGUCACCGAAACUGACCUGCGCACCUACUUUAUGCGAUUUGGUCGCGUCAUGGAGGUGGUCAUCAUGUACGACCAGGAGAAGAAGAAGUCCAGAGGAUUCGGGUUUUUGUCUUUCGAAGACGAGGAAUCUGUGGAACGUUGCGUUGCUGAACACUUUGUCAACCUGAGUGGAAAACAGGUUGAAAUAAAAAAGGCGGAGCCUCGUGAUUCGAACAAGAUGAAUGACGGUUCGGGCAACAACCAAUGGGGACCUCCACAAGGAGGCGGUCAUAUGGCGAUGGGCGGAGUCAGCUACAAUGGCAUGGGAAUGGGAAAUCCCAGCGGUCAGAUGGGCGGACCUAUGGGCAGUAUGGGACCUAUAGCACCUGGGAACAUGAUGCAGAGCUAUCAGACCGGCUGGGGAUCUACACCUCAGACCCAGGCCUAUCCUGGGCAGUGGGGCCCCUCGGGUACCCAGCCACCCAUGAAUGGGUAUGGAACCCCGUCGGCCCCAGGUGGCUACCAAGGAUGGGGCGGGCCCCCGGCCCACCAGGGCCAGCAGAUGGGGCCUCCCCAGUGGAGUGGGGCAAAUUACGGCGCGCCCCCUCAACAAACUGGAUAUGGAUCUUACAGUGAGAUGUACACACGCGCAGGAGCAGGGGGUGGUCCCACACCGGCCGGUCCCACUCAGCCGGGAGCUCAGGCAGCGCAGAAGCCGGCCAGUGACUACAAUUACGGCGCCGCCUAUGCUAACUACACUCCGGACUCGACCAGCUAUGGCGGAGGACGCAGCUAUGGGGCGGGACCGGACACAGCCGGUCAGACCACGGCGGGAGACGGAUAUAGUGAAAAGCUAAAGGAUGACCCCUACCAGACAGGAGGUGAUGGAUAUGGAGGUAGUGUUGGACCUCAGCGAGCAUACACAGCGCAGUCGCAGACAGCCUACCACCCCUAUAGGCGCGCUUGAGGGGUUGACGACGACAACAUCGUUGUUCUAUGCCGCCUCAAGCAGACAUCAUCAUCAACAACAACAUAACAAUACAUCGUUUUACUCCUCCACACAACAACAUGAACAACGCCUUAUGGCCACAACAUCUGCCACUUCUGCUCUAUUCGACAACAACAUAACGGUACAUCAGCAACAACAAUAUCAGAAUACCAGCACUGUAAAGUUCGUUGAGAAGAUGUUGUACAAUGCUUGAGUCGGCAACAACAUUUGGUGUAUGAGACAACAACAUCUAAAUCGAAUUUACUUGAAACAACAGUAAUUGAUGAUGAUGUUGUUGUUGCCUACUAAUGGAAGGCGCCAAAUUUGAAUUUUCAUUAGUGUCGUAGCAAAUGCCCCUCUUUUUUCAGAAUGAUGUUAAAGGCACUAAAUUUGAAUUAUUUUCAUCAGUGUUGUAGCAAAUGCCCCUCUUUUUCAAAAUGAUGAUGUUGCUGCCUAACAAAAGGCGCCAAAUUUGAAUUUUCAUUAGUGUCAUAGUGAACGCCCCUCCCUCUUUUUUCAAAUUUAUGAUGUUGUUGCCUAACAAAAGGCGCCGAAUUUGAAUAUUCAUUAGUGUCGUAGCAAAUGUCCCUCUUUGCUCAAAAUCAUUCAUCUUUAGGGUCGCUUAUCAACAUUGUAAUUCAUGUUUUGAUGUUUACAAAACAAUAAACUCGCAAGUUUGUUGAGAAGACAUGUAACUGAAACAAGAUAUAAUUCUCUCUCAUUGGUGUCAAUUGAGCUUCAAAACUUUUGAUAUUGUUGUAUUGGUGGUGUGUACUGUGUCUAGAGCUGUAUAAAGUUGGUAACAGUGUAAAUGAUAGUUUUCAUACAAUUUGAUAAUGUUGUGGAUGGCGCCAAAUUUGAAUUUUCAAAAAUGUCAUAACAAUGCCCCUCUUCUUUCAAUUCUGCUCUAAAUUUAUCACUUUGAAAAAUUGAUAUUGUUGUGUGUCUAGAGCUGUGUAUCAAGGUUGGUAAAACAAUUAAAAUAAUGAUAUACUCAAUACUUUGUACAACCAGCUGCUAUUUAUCUUCAAUUCUGAUAUUUUUUUGUAAAUCUCACAGAUCUUGAUGGAAAAUAUGAAGUAAUUUACUGAGGUUGUAUUGUUAAAUUGAUUAUGGGUAAUAUUAAUGAAUUCAGAUUUAGUUUCUGUAACAUUUGAAUUGUAAAGUUGUAUUUCCAAAUAUGAUUAUUUUAUUUAAAAAGUAGCAUAAACCUGAUACUGUUUGGUGAGAAAACAAUAGGAGAAGCCCAUAACUGUCCACCCAAAGUUUGGAUGGAUUGAUAGAAGUUUCCAUAAAAAAACUUUCAACAGGAUUUAACAAUAAGAACUAGAUAUUUUGUUGGUAGAGUUGGUGUUCCAGCUGUUCAGCAUUUGAAAAUGAUAAUAUUCUGUAAUAAUUUAUAUUUUUGAUGAAUUAUUCACAUUUUGCAAGAUAUUACUUCUUUUUUGCAUUCCUUUAGUUGUAAAACUUGAGUUUUGCUAAUAAACAACUCCCCACUGUUUUAGUAAUACUUUGUAUACUUGCUGUGUAUCAUGAUACAGUAUCACGUAAAUGUGAUACAGUAUCAGUUAUGUUGUGAUACAGUAUCACGCAUAAUGUGAUACAGUAUCAAAUGGCCACUUCUGAAACCAAUAGUAAUUAUUACAGGUUUUCAUCAACUAAUAUAAAUAUAUAUGUGUGUGUGAGCCUUGUAAUUAAAAUGUAUUUGUAUUUUGAUGGGUAAGACAAUAUUAUUAUUACAUAUGAAUAGCAUUAAAAGGCCAUUAUAAAUAGAACAUUAUCAGUCCAUGUUAUUUAAUACACCUCAUUCAUAUAUAUUCAGACUAUAAAUUUGUAUAAUUUAUUGUAAAGUUGUGUUUUUAUAAUCUGGAGAGAAAAAUUCGAUUUUUUUAUUUUAAUUUAUCUAGCACCCACCAUUUUACUGGAAUUUCGCCAGAAAGUGUUGUGAUGUCCAAUGUAUAUGUUUAAAGCGGUCAACUUUCAUGCAAAUAUGUGUAUGCUUUUUUUUCGAUAAAUAUGAUCAUGUCGCUUUUUAUUUUUUAAAUAAAUUUGUUUUCUUCUUCAUAA